AUGGCAGUCCUUGGCUCCACACUGCUGCCACUCGGGCUGUUUCUAUGCUUCGGACUGCUGUGUUCUUCUGCCAGCUCUGCAGGUGAAAUUGACAAAUGCAUGUUCUUCAGUGAGGUCACCACCACUGGCCCAGGCAUCAUGGUCAAUUCAGAUGUCUAUGACAGCAACAGAAACUACACAGUAUGGGUUCCUGUAAAUGCCAAUAUCAGCUCUGUGGUCCUGCGAGCAGUGGAUGAGAACAACACCUCACUAGGCCUCUGGGAAAAAGCAGACGAGCUUUGCAACAGCAGCGCCCUGUAUCACCUGGAGAACUUGAAUGACAAGCUCUUCACAGCAAACUGGGUAUCUCCUAACUCCGAAAACAUAACCACAAUCGAGCUACAAGCCUUUGCUAUCAAUUUCUACAACAUGGCUACAUUUUCUUCUCUGCAACUAAGAAGAAAAGAGACGACCAGCUCCCAGAUAUCCACAACCAGGACAACCCCAAGCCCAAACCCAAUGACAGGACACAUCUCUACAACCAGGACAACCCCAAGCCCAAACCCAAUGACAGGACACAUCUCCACAACCAGGACAACCCCAAGGCCAAGCCCAAUGACAAGACAUAUCUCCACAACCAGGACAACCCCACGCCUGACUCCAAGGACAACCAGCUUGGCCAACAAAACCUUCCUCUGCCCCAUCACAAGUGCCAUUCAGAUCCUGAUAGUCUUUCUCACCAGCAAACUCCUCUCCUAG